AACUAAAAGCUCGAAGCAGAUAGGUGAAAAGAUUUUUUCAAACUCCCCAAUCAGAAAGAAAUAUUCAUAAAUACGCGCGGUCUGCCGUUCUACAGCCUAGUUUGAAACAGCUAAGACUCAGUUAUAUUCCUUCUCAUCUUGCGCAACCUUUAUUUUUCUUUUAACGUUUUAGUCAUGAUUUCUUUGGUUAAAUAUUUGUUUUGGUUCUCAGCAGUUGCUGCUACUGGGUCAUCAGAGCUGGUGAGGACACAGCGGAUUGUCUCAGCAGUGUUGGGACAGGAUGUGAGUUUCUGCUGUGAGCUCACACAGCCCAAGGAUGUCUUACAAGUGACCUGGCAGAAGCUGACAGCACGUAAACCUGAAAAUAUCGCCACUUACAAUAAACGUUCAGGAGCAAGGAUCAUCAACUCUUUGAGUGGGCGCUUGGGUUUUCUACAGACUGGGCUGCAGAAAUGCUCAGUAGCCAUCAAAGGGAGAUCUAUGAGCCCAGAUUUGAAGUCAGGACAUUGGAAGCUGAUGCCGGUGAAAUACUCUCGCUCACAUGCUCAGCUACUGGUGCUCCAGCACCAGAAAUCUCCUGGAAUAUUAAGGAAGAGGAAAUUCUUGAAAACUCUGAGGAAUACAGUGUCACUAAUCCUAAUGGCACUAUCACUGUAACUAGAAAUGCCACAGUUGACAUAUCUAGGCUUUCUGGCACAGAGAUACUGAUUAACUGCACUGUAGGUCACCCAGGUUGGGAAAACAAGAUGGAGCUU